AUGACGCGUCAGCACGGUAGUUCAUCUUCCGGUCUGGAUCUGCACCGCGAAGCGAGGGAGCACUCUGCGGGCUACGCCCCAUCGUCUUCCUCCUCGAGCGCGUUUUUCCAUGCUAGCAGCCCACACGGAGGUGGAUCACAUGUGGAAAAUGGUGGUCCAGGAUUUAUUGGUGUUCCUGCAAGCAGCAGCGCGUCUUCAACAUCUUCUUCAAGUAGCGCUGCUCUGUACGGAGAUCAUCAACAUGCUGCGAUGAAUCAUUUCGGACAUCUUCCUCAUCACCAACACCACCUCUCGCUGUCCCAACAGAGCGCCAGAGCGCAUGCGCACCUGCAUAAUCAUGCGCAACUCCACGGGACCGCCCAUGCACUGGCCGAAGGACAGUCGUCAUACGCUUGGGACCACAUGCACGCCAUUCACCACCACGCGAGAAGGUAUAGGGGAAUUUUUGUGGCGGUGAUCUGUUUUCUAGAUAGAUAUAAAAGUAGUAAUUCGUACUACUUUCACACCAUCUCCCUUCGGUGGUGACGGAGACACCGCGUUGAUCUUGAUGCUAUCGCUAUGGCAUGAAACAGUAUAUGCUAUGCUUUAAUUGUUCUGAUGAAAAUCAUCGACCCAUGAUGAUAUUUCGUUCCCAGGUUGGUCGGCAUGCCGGACUACAAGUACUCGCUUUUCGAGACGGAAGAUGUGACAGCGUGGCUCGCCUUCACGGGCUUUUUUUUCCUGCUCAUCUUCUGCGACUUGUUUCUCAUGAACCGCAAGAAGCAGCGGAUGACGCUUUUUGCCGCGACCUGCCAAACGCUUUUUUGGAUGUUCAUGGCAAGUCUGUUUUGCGCGUUUCUCUACCAAAGAUAUGGGCGGAAAGACGCGUACCAGUGGGCGAGUGGGUACAUUCUCGAGUGGAUGCUUUCCUUCGACAACUUAUUUGUCUUCCACUUGAUUUUCCGAGUUUACCAAACGCCGGAAACAUUGAAACAUAAACCGCUGAUCGUCGGCAUUUGUGGCGCGGUGGUGCUGUAUGGAAGCGGAAAGCUGCUGCGCUUCUAUCAGUGAGAUGUCAAGGAGAAAUAAGGUCCCGCAACAUGCAUAUAUGUGCAACACUAUUUCUUAUUUGAGCUGUACACGAAAAGCAAAGACCACUCUGCGGUCUACAUCAUGAAGACUCAUUUCCUAGGAAUUAACUUUUGAGGCGUGGCGGGACUCUAGAAGCUGCAUCGAUAGAUUCAGCGGCUUUUCGUUGCCACAUGACGCGAUUAGGGUUCAUCGUCAUUGGGGAGCUUCUGAUGCACGCCAUAUGGGCCGCACACCUCGUGUUCGGGAUGUUUCUCGUGUAUAUUUCGUUUUUGAAGAACAUAAUUGUUUUUUACCAGCAUGAGCUUUUGCCCUUGCAUGGAAAGGAAGCAGCGAUGUUUGGUAACCUCAUUAGCAAAAGGUAUUUCAAAAACAAAUAACAUGAAAUCGAUGUCGUAAUUCCAACACAGAUACACUGGCGUCCGCGCCAUUGUCCAGGAGGAGGACGACGAGGAUCCGACGCAGUUUUCUUCUGUGCGGUUCCUGCAGAAGCGGGUGCCCUUUGUCGGGAUUUAUGACCAGGAGGGCAGCUUCUUCAUCCAAGUCCCCAUUUAUGCAAUAGAAAGAAUUUGGUUUUAGAUACAGCAGGAGCGUGCAGCACUAGACAUAAAAAUUUUAUUUCAUGAUCUUGCUCCUGCUGUUGCUGGUCGUGCUGAGUCAUAACAUAAGGAGCCGCAAUAUCCGUAGCAAUUAAAUCCGAAAACAAAAGAUUCAAAAUCAUGCACAUUGACAUUUCACGCUCGUCUCCGUUUGGCGAGUCUGUGUGUGUGCCUGCGGUUAAUGUACCACUUUUCUUUCUCCUCAUACCACGGACGCAAAUGGGAACCUUAUGAGCGUGGAGCACUUAAAGUACGACCCCACUCGAGAUUCCAAUUUGAAAGGAGAAAGUAGUAUGGCUGCGCUUGCUGGUUCCUCUAAGAACGACGACCUCCAGCUGCACAACGCCGCCAUAACAACUACGGCAGGAGCGAAGAUUAACAGUUCAAGGAGUAGUUGUGAUGCGGACGCAAACAGUUGCGCUGCAAAUGGUGCGAGGCAAAUCCUGAUGUCACCGCCAACGUCCGUGGACGAGUUGAAACUGCUGCGGAAUAUGAGCAAACCAAACUCUUCUCCGCGGCAAGUUGCAAAGGGAGCAGGACCUAGUACAACAGCAUCAAACGCGAACUCCUGCGAAAUUGUGGUCAACAAGGAGCAAGACAGGGACCACGGGCAGUUAAGCACGACCACCGCAGCAACGAACAGUAACGCGAGCCUAGCGGCACACGACCUUUAUUAUGAAAGUGGCCACUUUAGUAGUCUCCCUGCCGAUCCGCCGAAGAACGUCCAUCAUUACGAGACCCGGGCGACAAUGCUGUUUUUGGUUGUGGUGUGUUUGGAGAUCUGCGACCUGAUCUUUGCCGUGGACAGCGUCUCCGCCAUCGUAGCGCAGGUUUCGGACCUGUUUCUGGCAUACACGAGUGCGGUGUUCGCGAUGCUCGGGAUACGAUGCUUGUUCUUCAUCGUCAACGCACUAGCAGACGUACUGAUACUAGUGCUUUCUUGUUGUACUGAAGAAGAAAAGUCCAAGUCGCGAGUAGCAUUUAUCUGUUCAUCGUGCUCCUGCUACUACUAGUACGCAUGAUGAAAGUGACGACUGGGAAGAUUGGAGAUGCGAGCCGUAUUUGCGCUAAACCUAAAUUCGCACAGCGUCUACAUAAAAUUUUCAGGUUUUCGCCCUACUACAGUACGGCGUGUCGCUGAUCCUGAUUCUGCUUGGGCUGAAACUAGUCCUCUCGAAAGUGAUCGAGAUCAGCCCGGAGAUAGUGUGCUUGUCUCUGUUCCUGAUUCUAGUCGCCUCGAUGGUCGCCUCAGUCGUCAUGGACAUGUGCGAACAGGAGAGGAGUAAGUCAAAAGACAGCUCAUCUGUGGGCUUCGGUUCACCAGGGGGCGAUAUUGCGAGCCACCGGGAGGACGUAAGUCCUCAGCAUGAGGUGGAACAGCAAAGAGAGUCACGGAGUACUCCGGCUCGAGGCCCAGGAGUGGAGGCAGGACCUGCUCAUGAAGCAAAAGUUGUUGCCAGAGCGGCACCGGCGGUUUGAGAAUCAUGCGCUGGAAAGGGCCAGGAUAAGGCCAGGCAAAAUUGGUUUCAACACACGUAGACUUUUUCAGCCUCGGGCCGAACAAUGUCGGCUUCAAAAUAACAGCCCGAAAUUGAUGCAAAAAAUGACAUCACGACGAUUCCUUCGGCUGCAGCCUAGCCGCCGCAUGAAUGGAUGGAUGAUGCAAUGUCAGACAGAUUUCGAUUUUACUUCACUAGUUUGUUACGUUUAAGCAUCCCUACCCUUUUGGGUUCACUUCGGGUAGAAAUUUGAAUUAGACUGAGAAUAUAGGAUCGACGUAGGCAGCCAAGAACAAAGCUAGAGUUCCGCCGAGUAGUUUGAGUAGAGACUACAGCUUCGCUUUUUACUUUUUUUUCACCAAGUGGAAGCAGAACAGCACGAAACAAUGUUUGCCGAACACGUUUCCGUUUUGUUUUCAAUGUAGAAUGCAAAUGUAACAAAACCAAGAGAAUACUUUUUCUGAGAGGGUGGCUCGUUGUUCCCAGUGCCACCCUCUUGAUCAUCAAUUUGAUUGUACACAACCAGUGGAACAUGCUGAAAUUUUUCACAUUUCACAGACGAAAUGCAUACUCAACCGAUG